AUGAGUACAUUAGCAGCUUCAAGAGCGGAUAAAUUUUACUAUGGACCAAACUAUGAUCAUAAUUAAUUAUUUGAAUAAAUAAUAGGGUAUUUUGAAAGAUUAGAGAAAAAUCAAACUUCAAAAAAAAAUUAAUAUAAAAUUAAAAGUGGUCCUAAAAUAUGUUUUGAAAUGUUUAAAAUGUGGUCAUAUGAUAGAUCAUGGUUUUAGAUUUAAUGCAGCAUUGAGAGAAGGUAUAUUUUUAAAUAUUAUAUGAAUAAUAGUUGGUAAAUUCCAUAGUACAAUAAUAUUGUAAUGUUCAAUGUUUUGUUCUAGUAAAAAUGCAAUCGUUUGUAAGAAUAAUCAUGA